ACAGCAGCUGUCAGUCAGAAAAUUUGCUUGUUUCUUCGCAGCAGCGAAAAAUAUGAAAAUACGAAAAAGAUUUUCUUUCUAAAUAAAUGGCAUAGUUUUGGCUAUCAAAAAUGUUUCGCGGCACAAUAAAAAUGAAGGUCAUGGUGUUUUUGUGGUUGUUUAGUUCGUGUACAAUGAAUAUCCAGGCUACAACCCACUGGAUGGUGACCGAGAGUGGCCUGAUACAACCACGGGAAGAUUCUCCAUUUGAAAUGACCCACCCAUAUGACUUGCUUGCAUUUUUGAAUCAAGACACAAGAUGGGACAACAUCUUUAAUCUGUAUGAUGAUUUGUCGAAAAGGCAAGAGUUUAUUAAUAAAUUGUGGACUGAUAUAAAACUGCAGUCUGAUGUAUCUGACAUUUCUACGUACAAUGAAAACUGUAUCCAAGCAGGGCAGCUUACCUUUUUAGAUUGGUACGCUUCAUUCUUGGAGGAUGGUAAAUCAAAGAAAAUUCCCGAUGAGGAGUAUAUGCUGUACAAACCAUCGAAUGGUCAUGAUACAGAAGUACCGGACUGUAAAAAAAUUUCUUCAUUGACCUUUAGUAUGCAUGCAUUUGAGCAUUUACAGGGUAUGAUACAAAGAGAAAACUUGACUGCAAAUCCAGAGUUAGCUCUCCCGGAGUUGAUAUCUCCUAUCAUGACAGUGGACCAGUUUGGGCACUGGGCAGCUGUAUGUUUAAAGAAAAACAGUUCUUCAUGGCUGCACUACAAUAUGGCCUCAUUAUAUUGGCGAGUUAGAGGCAACGCACCGAAAGCCAUGGAAUGCAGUCGUCGCGCAGUGCAUUAUGCGCCUAGGAAAUACAAAGAUGUCGCUCUUUUGAGCCUUGGUUCAAUUUUGCAUCGCAGCAAGAAGACAUCAGAUGCAAUUGUAGUUCUCGGGGCUGCUGUGGACCAUGAUCCCGAAUAUCACACGAGCCACUUUAUUCUUGCCACAGCAUAUGCGGUCCUAGGGGAAUAUAAUAAUUCGUUGAAGCAUUUAGAUGAAUCUUUAAAGAUCAACCCCGAUUUUGAUCUAGGCAUAAACUACAGAUAUGGUAUGCUAUGCCAUAUUGCAUUGGGACAGAGAAUGGCACUUGUUAAAGACUUGGUUGACACCUUACGUGAAGAAUUGAUUGCAUUCCAAAGCAGAGAAGCUUAUUGGCUUAAAUCUCAGGCAGCAUUUUUGAGGACAAUGAAAGAUGUAAAGGAUUUUGAUUACACAAAAUUGGACGAGAAUUGUGAUAAAAUGUCUGCAUUGACCGGUCUUGACAUAAAGGAUAUAAAAAGGGAGGGUGACAAAAACUCUGUGAUCCAAUAUUUUCUGGACGGUCCAGUGUCACUCGGUGAAAAAUUAGAACGCAAAGGCGUUUAUGCUCUCGAUUCAGCGUUGAGCCUCAACAGACUUGUGAAACAUGUGGAGAAACAUGCUCACUUGGCACAAAACUAUGUGCCUCCAGAUAUUAGUAAAGAUUGGCAAAUAGAUGGACCAAUCGCCAAGGAGAUUGGACCCAUGCCUGUGUUUUCAGAUAUGCUGCCUGAUAUUCAAAUCCCUAUGUACGAGCCUCCAGAUGAAAAACCAAUAUACGCCACUUCUGCGCCAGAUUUAGAGACAAAGUCAGCAAGUUCGACUAAUGAACAUAUGGUUAACUAUUAUGAUGGACAUGUGUUGUACCCAACAACAAUGAAAGUGAAUCGCAAUGUAGAAGACUUUGAUAGAGAAAAAGACUGGCCUUCUAACAGAUUCUGCAAGGAAAAUGCUCCUAGUUUCCCACCGCAUGUGGAGGCUAUUUAUCCCGUUUUCUUGCCAUUUGAAAAUAAAGGAAUUAGGUUAAAAGCACUACUGACUGAUCAGAUAGGAGUGCCAGCGAACCAGGAGCAUGAGUUACCCUGGCAUCCGCCUAUAUGUCCACAAGAUAAGGAAGCUUCGUUUUUCACACAGAGGAGAACUGUCAAGCAGCAAAUAACAAACAUGGUGGUCAACACAGAUUACUUGAGGCAAAAACUUCAACAGUAUGUGAGUGAAGGUGACGUGGAAUCAGUGAAAAAAAUGCAAGACGUCGAGAUCGGCCAUCGCAUUUACACGGCUAUGCAAAUGAAUCUAGCGCCAAGAUGGCUUCUAUAUACACUGACGUCACUCUACUGGCGCGUCAGAGGCAACAACGCUAACGCCCUACACUGCCUCAUGACCGCGAGUCGCAUUGUGGACUCUAAGGACAAGGACAUAGUGCUCACUUCAAUGGCCUCUGUGUAUCUGGAGAUGGGGUACUUUGAUGAAUCUCUGUUGACAGCUGAGGAGUCGUUCAGAGCGAGUUUGUAUGAGCCGGCCACAAACUUCGUCCUAGCAGAGUUGAACAUGAUCAAGAAACACCGGAAUACCCAUAUGUUCCACCUGAAGCAAGUCAUACGGGUGGAGCCCAAGUUUCUGGGCGGGCUCGCGAGGAAUCUGCUCAACGCGUGGGCCUGUAUACUGAUGCAGAUCAACACUUUGCAGGAAGUCGAUUAUACAGGUGGUGAUGUUUGCACUCAAGUGGAGCCUGGCGUCAACAUGGUCUGCGAAAAAGACGGAACCAACUGCCAUAUGACCAAUAUACAGUGUUUUAGCAGUCAAGAGAGAGAGAGUUCCACACUAACCCGCAUGAUGGAACAGAAAGAGAAAGAAAAAGUGGAAGACAAGCGUGUGGACCCCACGAACGUGGAUCAAAUGGAUGACAGCAUGUUUGACGCGUUCAUAGAGAACAUGCCGCUCGAGCGAAGCGAUCUGUCAGCGCAUCGACAGAACUAUGACAGCAUGAUUCGCAGCGUCGAGACCGCGCUGAAAGGCUGCGGGCCUAGGAAGUGUAGUGAUAUUCAACCAGAAGAUCUGUCGCUGAAAGAUGAAGAUUGUACUUAUCAGUAUUUACAGUUAGGCUACUGGUUGCACAUCGUGAGUUUUAGGACAAUACUCGAAGAGACUAAUGUGAAAGUACCAGCUGAAAUCUUAGCGCUACCACCAUCCGAUAAAGACGGUCCAGAAUGUGUUAUCCCACCGGAGUUCUCCGAAGACUUCUACUUAGAACGCUUGGGCAAGGUGAACACGGCGAAGUGGGAACCCAUGAUGAGUCUGAUGCACCAGUUCACUGAGGAGUUUGACCACGCUGAGUUCUGGGGGCUGGGAUAUAAGAUCGCGAAGUAUGUUGAAUCUAAGCCCCGCUGGUGGGUCGGUCUGCUGGCGGCGGGCUGGUGGUGCGGCGCGGGCGGGCGCGGCGCCUGCUGCGUGCGCUGCUUCGCCGCCGCGCACCUGCACGCGCCGCCGCACCAGGCCGCGCGCGCGCUGCGGGGGCUCGCCAACAUACUGCACCUGCAAAAUCGGCAAGAAGACGCGAAGGAUGUGUCGUACCUGUCAUUCUACAUGACCCCAAAGAACAAGAUUGACGCGUUCCUGGUGGCAGUUGGACAUUCGUACCUGUCGGAAUUCGAUCAAGCAAUCUGGAUGUUCCGUUACGCCCUGACAUUCGACGACAAGUUUCUGCCUCCAAAGGCCUGUCUCCACGCGACCAUGUGUAUCAUGCUGUACGGGGACCCCACUAAGGACGAAAAGCAGGCCAAACCGGUAUAAACUGGAUACUUUAACCCAUCGAAUGUAUCCACGUCAGAACUAUACUGCAAGUUAGUAGUGAUUUAUCAUUGAUUCUAUGGGUUUGUAAUGGCUUGUUCCCACAGAGAUAUUCCGUUUUUUAGGAUCCUGUUAAGUAGUAUACGUAUUUAACGUUUACAAGAACGUCCCGUUUACAGUGUCCUGCAAACCGAUCCGUUCGUAUUUGGUCUUAGAAUUUCAAACACUCAUAUUAUGUAUACACGACAGUCCAGUUUUGCUGGUUCCUGCAUUACUAGAUUGCCUUGGGAACGAGCCCUAGGAGUCACAGAAUCAUGUUAUAUUGUGAUCUGGAAAUAUUUCUUAGGUGAGUUGAAGUUAUGAAAUGAUUAUGGAAUAAUCGUUUUAUGGCGCAGGUACACUGCGAAAAUUGACUGAGACGAAGCGCGAACCCGCACACCGAAGUAUGGACGACACACGGGUGGGGGAAAGAGAAAGUAACCGAGAUGGUGUUUACACUAUUACGUCUCGGUCAAUUUCCAAUGUAGUGUACUUGCGCCAUUAUUUCAUAAUAUUCUAAAUUGCAUUUUCGUAAUUUAACUAUUCAAUAUUUGUUGCGCUGACCGUAUUAAAGUUAAGACGGGAUAUUUUAUUAAGAUAGUAGCGUUAUCUAUAUUACAGAACAAUUAAAACCCCGAAUCCAAAUAUUUGUUGUGACUAGUCUAUAAUUUAACCAUUUUGUUAAUUGAUUAGUAGUAUUUGUGAAAAUACUUAAUUUCUAGGCUGCAAUAGAAUUAACUAAUAGUUUUGAAUACAUUUAUAUCUUUCUACAAAUACUUCUAGCCAAUUCUGAUAGUUGUCAUUGAGGCUACAAAUAAAAUAAGUAUUCUAUGGUAAAAGGCAAUUUAAUAAUAGCCUAUAAUAAUACAAUAAUCGUAUAAUCCAGAAUGUGGAUGUAGUAUAAAAUCCACAUUUCAAAUAUAUGACGUAUGUGAUAUACAAGCGUUUCAAUUGUUUAUCGUAUAAGGCCGAGUCCGCACUACGGCUAAACCGCCGCGGUUUUUAACCGCGUGAUUUUAUAACCAAGUAAAACUAAUGCAAGCUUUUUACAGUGUAUACUUUUCAGGCGAUCUUGCGGUUUGGCGGUUUACCGCUUACGGGAAAAAACUAUGGUGCGGACUCAGCCUAAAGUUAUUUUAAAUAUACAUAUUAUUCAUAUGAAUAAACUCACACAAAAUAUAUAACAUUCCUCACUUUAAUUGUUCGAAAUAGUCGAUUGGUCUUAAGCUUUUGUUGAUAAGUUUGUGAGUUGAUUAAAGUUUGUAUGAAAUUAAUUUGCAAAACAAGUAUCAAGAUCAGUAUGAAUAUUUUGUAUUAUGUUAGCUACCGAAAAAAACUAGGCAUUCAAGUUUUUAAAAACUGAUCUUUUCUUCUGAACUGAAUUAGUAUUAAUACGGUGCAUUAAAACUCAAGGUGUGGUAUGUUUAUUAAUGAAUAAUCAAAAAGUAAAAUGUUAUGCAUAUAAGAGAGAGAAAGAGAGCCAUUGAAAUGGCAGGAGAUGAAGAUUGUAGAAAAAUAAUGUUUUUUCUUUAUUAUUUUUCUUUAUAUGACAUCCCAAAUGAUUUUUUUAAUGUUGGAAUUCUUUAAAACGUUGAAGAUGUGGAGUGGACAUUUUUUAUUUCAUAUCUAUUAUUAUCUUUCUAUCGUAGCUCUACGAUUCAAAAGACGUAAAACUUUUACACUCAGAAUUAUUUUACUUUUCCUAAUUACAAUUUAACUAAUUUGAAAAAAUAAAAGAAAAUCUUUAUGCCUUUGAGGCAAUUCAAUUAAACGUUAUUUAGUAGGCAGUUAAAGAAAUGCUCAAUGUAUGUUUAAAAUAUAUGCAAAAGAUUUAAAUGUAGCAUAGUGUGGUGUAUUGGCAAACUAUGAAUGAGUGUUGAACGGUUUUUGUGAAAGUAUUUUAGUUUUUUCGAUUGUGUUCAUUAAAUGCUUAUUCUUUAUUGUAAAGAAUGUUAGUCUAAAGAUCCAAACCUAACGAAUAUGUAUAAAUUUCUAAAAGGUGUUGGUUUUGUUGGAAGAAAAAUGGUUUUAAUCUAUUUAAAAAAAAUAAAACUAAGUGGUAAAUUGAUUAAAAAAAAGAAAAAAACCACAAACAUAUUUAAGUUCCUAUUUUACAAUCUAAUUUUCUUUUGCGAAGCUAUUCUAUUGUUCAAACACAAAAAAAGAAACAAAAAGCAGACAAAUAUGUUAUUUUAUUAUUUUACAUAAUAUUGACGGUGAAAAUUUCAAUAUUUACAUAUAUUUUCCUUACAGUAUUUUAAAUGUCAAUAAACCAAUUUGUCUACACGAAAAAUAGUUCUCAUAUUCACAUCAUAUUUACAGUUUUUGCCAAAAUAAUUUUGCAAAUAAAGCAAAUAAGGUCCAUAAUAACAUUUUACGUAUAAAUAUAGCAAAUCUUGAAGAUAAUGUGACCUAAUUGCAUAAGUUAUUGCUAAAAUCUUUUGGCAUGGACUGUUAUAAUAUUAUCUAUCGUAACACUAUAAAAAAUCCAAAAUGGCUGACCUGGGGGAAUUCAAAAAUGACGUAAAGCGAGACGUGGUAUAAUCACAUCUCAUUCACUGUUAUCAUUGGUUCAUUAUGUUAUUAGUUAGAAACUAGGCUAAUAAUAAUAUCUGUAAAAUAAGGCGGGUAAUUUCAUUUUUUUUAUUAUUUAAUUUCAAAACAAUUUGUCCCUAAAGCUCAGCCAGCCGGAGUUUUACAAAGUUUU